UCAUUGCAAACAAUGCAAUAAAGCUGAGAGAAAUACAAAGCGCUGUCAUAGAGAACUACACGGUAUUUGGCAAUAUUGAAUCUGUUUCAAUUUCAACAAUUGACAGAGUACUCAAGAAGAAUGAAAUCCACAUGAAGCAAUUGUAUAAAGUGCCAUUUGAACGAAACAGUGACAGGGUGAAGGAGAUCCGUCACCAGUAUGUGCAGCGUGUACUGGAGCUGGAAGCCAGGGAAACACUGCACACAUUCAUAUAUGUUGAUGAGGCAGGUUUCAAUCUGGCCAAAGGCAGAAGGCGUGGAAGGAAUCGCAUUGGACAGAGGGCAACCACUGAAGUCCCUGGUCAGCGCGGAGGGAAUAUUACCAUGUGUGCAGCCAUCUCAGACAACGGCGUCCUCACCCAUAUCCCCCUUCUUGGUCCAUACAAUACCCAACAUCUCCUGACAUUUUUAGACACUCUUUACAGGGACCUAGUCCCUGAGAAUGAGAGAGGUGGAGGCCAACUCAGCAAGUAUGUUGUUGUCUGGGAUAAUGUCCGUUUUCACCACUCCCAUCAGGUCAGAGAGUGGUUUGCAGCACAUGACAGAAUUCUGGUUGAAUAUCUCCCUCCAUAUUCCCCAUUCCUUAAUCCAAUAGAGGAGUUUUUCUCUGCCUGGAGGUGGAAAGUUUAUGACCGGCAUCCACAUGAGCAAAUGGCCCUGCUAGCAGCCAUGGAUGCAGCAUGUGACGACAUCACAGCAGGGUCCUGCAGAGGAUGGAUUCGCCACUCCAGGAGAUACUUUCCUCGCUGCAUUGCGAGGGAUAACAUCUGUUGUGAUGUAGAUGAAAAUAUGUGGCCAGACAGACAGGAACGUCUGGAUGUGCCAGAAUGAUUUACUGUACUGUUACAUGUGCUGUUUAUUGUUCACAUUAGUGCACAGCUCUACCAAAUGGGUGAUUUUAUGUUUACAUGUAUUCUACAGUGAACAAGUGACUGUAGCAUAUUUUUCUUUUGCACAAUUCUGUAGGAUUACAAACA